UCGUAGCGAUGUACUAGAAGUUUGCUGAUGAGGAGAAAAGCCCCAACUCCUCUCGUCCUCUUCCCCAGUGGAAAACAUCAGAAUUUAGACUCUGAGUAUAAUUGGAGCAGUGUAGCUUCUGAUCACCAGGAGAGGAAAACCUCCGUAUUCAGUGUUAUCAGAAGGGCUGCGAAGAAAGUAGCAGGAGUCUUUGCGUUUGUUUUCUCAGGACCAAGAAAGUCAACCUCAGAAGAAUGUAGGUCUGAACCUGGAGAUAGCCUCUCAGUCGACAGAGAAUCUUCAUUUUCAAGUUCAACAGAUUAUUUGUCGGACAGCUAUGUCGUAAGAGCAGCAAAAAGAAACUUUUCAGGCCCAUAUAGAUUCUCAGGUUCAAGAUCAAAGUACUCUGGAAAAAGUUCUUCUAGCAAAACUUGGCACUUCGGCCCUGUCAUUUUCUCCUUCGAGGAGCUUCAGAAAGCAACUGAAAAUUUUUCUCCGGCUAAUCAGAUUGGUGAAGGUGGUUUUGGAACUGUGUACAAGGGAAGGCUCCAUGAUGGAACUCUUGUUGCUAUCAAGCGUGCCAGAAAGAACAACUAUGGCAGAAGCUGGUUGCUAGAGUUUAAGAAUGAAAUAUAUACACUGUCAAAGAUUGAGCAUAUGAAUUUGGUAAGGCUGUAUGGUUUUCUGGAACAUGAAGAUGAAAGAGUUAUUGUUGUUGAGUAUGUGGGCAACGGAAACCUGCGAGAACAUCUCGAUGGUUCAAAGGGGAAGCGCCUCGAAAUGGCAGAACGUCUGGAGAUUGCAAUAGAUGUAGCUCAUGCAAUCACCUAUCUUCACACCUAUACAGAUACUCCAAUAAUACACAGAGAUAUAAAAGCGACGAAUAUACUAAUCACGGAGAAACUCAGAGCGAAGGUGGCAGACUUUGGGUUUGCAAGGCUAGUGUCGGAAGAUGAAGGCGCCACUCAUAUCUCAACACAGGUAAAAGGUUCUGCAGGUUACGUGGAUCCUGAUUACCUCCGGACGUUUCAACUCACCGAGAAGAGCGACAUUUACUCUUUCGGUGUACUUGUUGUGGAGCUUGUCUCCGGAAGGCGCCCCAUCGAGUCAAAGAGACCUCGUAAAGAAAGGCUCACUGUUAAAUGGGCGAUGCAAGGACUAAGAGACGAUGAAGUGGUCCUAGUAAUGGAUCCUGUCCUGAGGAGAUCACAAGCAUCGAUUUCAGUGGCCGAGAAGAUGAUGAGGCUGGCACGGCAGUGUCUGGCCUCGGCCAGAUCGGACAGGCCUUCCAUGAAAGAGUGCGUCGAAAUGCUUUGGGCCAUACGGAGGGAGUUCGGGGAGGUCUUCCGAUGA